CGGUGUCCUUGCCGUCCACUUCCGCCCUGUUUGAGAGGCAGAUCACUCUCCGCUUGUUUAUGUCAGCUGAGCUUUAAUUUGAUUUUAACUCACAGGUAGUGUGUGUGGCUGUCUGUGAUGCUUGGAGCGAGGCUGGGCUGCAGGGACAGGCCGAUGGUGGAAACAUGACUUCUGAGUAACGCACAGUUACUUUCUCUGCUCAGUAUGAACAGCGAGGAAGAGUUUUACGACGCUGAGACAGGGCUGGAGUCAGAUGAUUCCUGUGAGGUCAGUUUCAAAGAUGCCCUGGUGUUUGACUGUAAGCAGGUGACUGACGGCAGCGCCACACAGGAGAAUGGAGUGUGGGAGCGAAGGAAAAGCCUGCCUGCUGAAAUGAUCUCCAGAAGCAACUUCAGUGUGUGGAGCAUACUGAAGAAAUGCAUCGGCAUGGAGCUGUCUAAAAUAGCGAUGCCGGUCGUGUUUAACGAGCCGCUGAGCUUCCUCCAGAGAAUGUCGGAGUACAUGGAGCACACUCACCUCAUCCACAAAGCCUGCAGUUUGUCUGACUCAAUAGAUCGCAUGCAGGUUGUUGCUGCAUUUGCUGUUUCGUCCGUAGCGUCUCAAUGGGAACGGACUGGAAAGCCAUUUAAUCCUUUACUAGGAGAGACAUAUGAACUCAUAAGAGAGGACGAGGGAUACAGAUUGAUCUCGGAGCAGGUGAGCCACCACCCUCCCGUCAGUGCCUUCCAUGCCCAGUCUCUAAAGCAAGAAUUCGAGUUUCACGGCUCCAUCUACCCAAAACUCAAGUUCUGGGGCAAAAGUGUGGAGGCUGAGCCGAAAGGCACCAUGACACUUGAGUUACUGAAACAUAAAGAAGCGUACACGUGGACAAACCCAAUGUGUUGUGUGCACAACAUCAUCCUUGGAAAACUCUGGAUUGAGCAAUAUGGAACCGUGGAGAUAGUCAACCACAGCACGGGAGAUAAGUGUGUGUUGAACUUUAGACCGUGCGGCAUGUUUGGGAAAGAGCUGCACAAAGUCGAAGGUUAUAUCCAAGACAAAAGUAAGAAGAAGCGGCGAGUGAUCUAUGGGAAGUGGACGGAGUGCAUGUACAGCGUGGACCCCAAGGUUUACGAAGCAUACAAGAAGUCAGAGAAGAAGAUGGGGGGAGAAUCAAAAAAGCUGAAACAGGAACAUGAUUGUGAAGGUGAGGAAGCAGAUGAUAUGCCAGAAGUUCAAGAGACUGUGACUGUGAUACCAGGAAGUGCCUUACUGUGGAGGAUAACGCCGCGGCCUGCUCACUCAGCACAGAUGUAUAACUUCACCAGCUUUGCCAUGACACUAAACGAACUGGAGCCUGGCAUGGAGAGACUACUGGCGCCAACAGACUGCCGGCUGAGGCCCGACAUCAGAGCCAUGGAGAAUGGAGACAUAGACUUAGCGAGUUUGGAGAAAGAGCGGUUAGAGGAGAAACAAAGAGCUUCACGUAGGGAACGCUCCAAGGAUGAGGAGGAGUGGGCAACCAGGUGGUUUCAGCUGGGAACAAACCCUCAUACAGGAGCCGAGGACUGGCUGUACACAGGUGGAUACUUUGACAGGAAUUACACUGACUGUCCCAACAUUUAUUGACACAGGAGGAGGUGCUCGGUGUGGAGAUCUCCCUCCUCUCUGAUAGGGUUCACUUUAUUUCUCAGCAUCUAAGAUUUGUGUCUCUUGUGACGUCCAGACGCUCACUGGUACUGUGUGUCUGUUUGAAUCCAUGAAGAGCUGAUAUCUGAAUGUUAUCAGACAGUUUAUCAGAUUAUUGCCGACUGUGAACUUUGUCCACAGGAGAAAAUAUUAUAGAAAGGAGAAUUUUAGAGUUUACUUAAUGUAAAUGUCAGACAUCUUCAUCUUUAUAAUAUGCCCUAAUCAUGACAGUAAUAGUCCACGUGUAUGUUACUCACCUGUCGAGGGUUUUAAACAAGUCAUCUGUGUGCAUGAGUGCGUGAGUGUGUGUGUGUGUGUGUGUGUGUGUGUGUGUGUGUGUGUGUGUGUGUGUGUGUGUGUGUGUGUGUGUGCGCGCGCGCGCGUGUAUGUGGUGACCAUGCUGCUGCUGCAGAACAUAAAGCUCUGACUUCUAGAGACUGUAUUCUCAGUUUUAGUUCAGGUACUCAACCAUAAUCUCACCUGUAGUCGUCCCACACACUUCUUGUCCACUUGCAUUCAAAUAUCAGGGGUUAUUUAAACACAUCUGCUACUUUUUAUAUGCAUUAAAAACCUAUCAUUUGAAUAUUAGAUGUGUAUUUUAGUUAGUUGUAAACAUCCCUAAAAUGUCACGUGUGUUACGUUUUCUGUGAAUAGAGACUUACAGUAGAGAUGAAAGCUGCUUCUAACAAUGUUUACCGUCACAGUAAACAUAUUGUUGGUACAUUAUAAUGUUGUCCGCUGUAACAUAGAUGAUGUUUAUAAUAAUUGGUGCAUGCAUGAUCACCAAGGCGGAUUAUUUACACAAGUUAAAGCCAUAAAAAAACUUUUUCUGCACUAAUAAUAAAACUGUAAAUGGAUUCACAUGAAACGUUGAAGCAGAAGGAUACAGUGGUUCAAAGCAGGGGGUUUUCAGUCUGACAUGUCCAUGGUAUAUUCUGAGCCAUAAAGUCAAAACAACAUAAAUGAAAAGUUCAUAUUGACAGAUUUUGUAACUCCUGUUGUUAUUGUUUAUUGUACUAAAGACGAACUAACUUUGCAAAUUGUCAUCAUUUAAAUGUCCAGUGUGUAGGAUUUAGUGGCAUCUAGUGGUGAAGUUGCAGAUUGCAACUGACUGAUACUUCCCGUUUGCGAAGUGAUCUAUGUUGGCCGACACAAAUGGCUCGACAGUAUCAAGAGCCAGUGUUUGGUUUGUUCUGGGCUACUGUAGAAACAACAUGGCGGACUCUGUGGAAGACAGCCCGCUUUAUAUAUAGAUACAAAUGGCUCAAUCUGAGGGAACCAAAACAUGAUUCCUAAGGGCCGUACACAUGUCGCAUUUUUUGCACCCUCAAACUUAAUGUUCUCAAUGUAGACACACGGCAGGCACGCUCAAACAACAGAGUGACGCCAUCGCAGCGUGCAUUCAUUCCCAGGAGCCUACUUUUGAGGGCUGCGCCCCAAGAUAAACAGAAUUCAACUUUUGAAACACAGGAGCGCGCACCGCAUGUCAUGUGAUGAGGAGCAACCAAUCACAGCCAACAGAUAUCUUUCCCGUCUUCCAUAAAUAUUCAAUAUCUGGUAAAUGUGGAAAACUUGAUCAUGUUAGUGCAGGGCUACCCAGAGCUUUACAUCUGUCCCACAGACAAUAGGCCUACACACUUAUAAAUAGCGCCUGUAGGAAGAUCAUCCCUGCACUCAGGAUUUUGGGUAAAUAGGCUAUGAUACGGUGCUUCUUAAGGUUGCUUAGCAACCUCAGAGGCAAGCUGCCACCGCGCGCUUGACAACUGGCGCAAAAAAACAAAAGUAGUGCCCAGUUCUUGACCAUGCGUUUUCCAGGCAGUUAGAGGCGGCGUGUGUACGGCCCCUUAUGCCGUGUCUCAAUUCAGAUACUUCUUGUAGUACACUUCCACAUAGUACGCACUGUGUAUACUCUGUACUUACUUGCGCAAUACAUGAAUUUCGUGUCUCAAAUCAAACACAGCUACUGUGCUCUUAUCAGGAGUAACAGUUGAUUAAUGAAUGAUCUUCUUUUAAAUGGCAAAUUGCAACCAGAUGGAGCAUUACCGCCAGUGUUUGACUGCAAAUGUCGCCCGCCGAAAUGUGUACAUGCUUGUUUGCUUGUUAACCGCAGCAACCACAACCGAUGCAGCUUUUUCAGCCACCAUUUUCACAAGUUUGGUGGUCCCUCCCUUUCAGCUACAUGGCAAAAAUGGCGACCAUUAAGGGUGAGAAGUGUGCAGCGUUCCGAACUCAACAUCUGACUGUUAUGGGUACUCAUAGUGUACUGCACUUUACCAUACUUGUCAGUGUGAAUGCACUUAAGCAUUUAAAAUAGCAAGUAUAGGUAUGGAAGAAUGCAAGUCAAGACACAGCACCAGUUUCAGGUGAUUAUAGACUAAUAAAAACGUAGGUAUAAAUAUUUUAUUCCAAUAUAUCCCUCUAAAUCCUUCACACUGGACCUUUAAAAGUUUGUUGAAUUAGCUGUUAGCAGUUCUUGUUUGCAGUGCACCCAUAAAAUGUACAGACAACAAACACUGAAUGACUUUGAUAGUAAAGAAACAGCGAGAUGAUCCUCAGUCAAGUUCUGGAUUUGUGAGAUGUUGAUUUAAUGAUAUCCACAGGAUGUAUAAGUCAGACUCAAUCUAAAAAUAUGUGUCAUAUAUUUUUGACUGAGUUAUGACUCCAAGAAGGAGUAGGAAUUUUAAGGCUCUCCCUCCGUGGCCUCCUGCCAAGGUGCUGUGUCAUACCGACUCCUGAUUAUAGCCGUCUUCACAUAUGGACACGUAACUCUGACUGUUUGCGGAGUUUCCAGUUCAAUCCCCACAGACAUUUCUCCAUCAAUGAAAGCUGUUUUCGGACACAGCAGCAGCAGCAGCAGAAAUAGACAGGACUCUGUAGCCAUCAUGAACCUAUGCAAACUGAUCCCUCCAGUCUGCCCUCCUGAAAUGUGAAGAAUAGAAAUAAAACACUUAACUCCUCUUCAGCUUGUAGCCGACGUGUGCUUCAGACACUACAGAGGCAGCAGAUAAUGAAUGUUGUGUGCUGAUGAUAUAAAGCUGACAUACAUUCAGCACAUGUUAGAGACUGUGUAGAUGUUUCUUUGUGUUUCUGAGCACUAACCUUGCAUAAACUGCACAUUUGAUUGCUCACAGUCCAACGCACAUAUUGUACAGUGAGAGUAUAUCUUUGAUCACGUCUCCCCUUGGCUGCCCUCAACUUCACUCUGAAUUCAAAGCACUUUGUGACGCCUACAGACUCUCAAAGCUGCAGGUUCGCUCUGAUGGUCCCUCUGAUCUCACACUCUUUACCCUCUUGUUUCGUCUAGCAUCUGUUUGAAAAUGUUUACAUUGUAUGUUCAUUAAGCUCUUGUUUUGUUUUCUCCUCAUACUGUUAUCCACAUACAAACAUAUGCUUACAAGGCAUAUUUGAGAAAUAAAUUAUGGACUAUUGAAAUUACCA